AUGAUGAAGUUUGCACAUGUUUAUCACCCAUCAAUCAUCGGAGCGGGUCCCCAUGCCAAUUUUGGAUACUACACUUCAACCAGACUAGUCAGUAACGUCACCGCAGUCAGUAGUAGCAGCAGCAGCAGCAGCAGCAACACGAAUAGCAAUCACCAUAACUAUAGUGCGUCCCUGUUGCUUCAGAGUGUAGACGACAUCCAUGGCCGUGACGGUUUUGCGCUUGGCGUGUUCAGUACCGGAAAUACGCUUUACACCACCACGUUGAGCCAGACGACGGAUGGCAAGCUUGGUAAUACCCUGGAUGUUAUUACGCAGAACCUUCCGAUGACGCUUGGCGCCUUCUUUUCCAUGAUCUUUGCCUCCCUUGCCACGACCAGUCAUUAUUGCUUGAUGUUUGUCGUUGAACAGGUGAAUCGAUCGAAACUAAGCCAAAAGCGGCCUGCCAUCCGACGUCUGGCUAGACGUGGUGGUGUCAAGCGUAUCUCCGGUCUGAUCUACGAGGAAACCCGCGGUGUGCUGAAGGUGUUCCUAGAAAUUAUGAUCCUUGAUGCCGUCACCUGUACUGAACACGCCAAGCGUAAAACCGUCAUGGCCAUGGAUGUCGUCUACGCUCUGAAGCGACAGGGAGGCACUCUGUAUGGUUUCGGAGGUUAA